CUGGGUGAGUUUAUGGGUAUAUAACGGGCCUACAUAUUUCCUGGGUUCGUGUGCCUCGAUUGUUUGGGCCUGUAAAAAAAAAUAUCUUGUAAUGCAUUAUACAAGAAAUUAAAGUUGUCACAUAAACUAUGUCGUUUCUGCUCUCAUCGUGUCGUAUCACGGCCUCCAUCUCUCACUUGAAACCUUCAAAAUCAACCAUCACUACCACCCCAAGAACCAGUUAUAGUAGCAGUAAGAGUCGACUCAGCUGGAAAUCGAUGAGUCAAUCCACCGCCGAUUCUGCCAAUCCAAUGACGACGACAGCACCAAACAACGCGGCGAAUACAGAGUAUAACAAUACCGAUGAUGUUCUGAUACAAUACGUAGUUCUCCGACGAGACCUGAUUGACACGUGGCCGAUGGGUAGUGUAGUUACGCAGGGCUGCCAUGCCUCGGUGGCCGCCAUUUGGUCUCACAAAGACGAUCCGCACACUCUUCAGUACUGUAGCCCUGAAAAAAUGGAUUCAAUGCACAAGGUUACUCUUGAGGUGAAAGGCGAAACUCAGAUGGUGAAUUUGUCGGAGAAGCUGAGAGCCGGUGGCGUUGCUCAUAAGCUGUGGAUUGAGCAGCCUGAAAACAUUCCAACAUGCCUUGCUACGAAACCCUACCCGAAGUCCAUGGUGUCUUUGUACUUUAAGAAGUUGAAACUUUGUAAGUGAUGUAAUGAAUUCUUUUUUCCCUGAGGAAUCGAAUUGCCCCAUUGUUUUUCACCUCUUGUAAUUUGUUAUAAUCCGGUUAGUACUCCAUGGAAACCAGCCAUUGAAACUUUUCUCUCUGA